GCCGGUGUGUAUGGAGCGUCCCCGUGUCCCAGUGUCAGUGGGAUUAUGGCCCGGGAUCGCACGGAGAGCCGGUUCUGGGAGGUCCUGGCUCGGUGCGGAGGCCCCCAGCGGGUGCUGCUGGUCGGGGAGCUGUGGGAGCGGGCGGAGAGCCGGGCGGCGCUGGAGGGCUUCCUGCGGGCGCUGUUCCCGGACCAGUCCCAGGAUGCGGUGGCCGACCGGCCGGCUCGGUUCUCCCUCGUGUUCUUCCUGUGCCGGGCUGAGUCUCUCCGGCUGCGGGAGGCCCGGGGGCAGCUGCGGGAGAUCCUGCGGGAUGUGAAGGAGCGGACUCCGGGGGGCGGAGCCAUCAUUGGGGUCAUCAUACCGCCCGACAGCCCGGCCACGGACAGCGACACCCCCGGGCACAGCAUGGACUCCGCUCCCGGGGAGACCCAGCCGGAGGGACCGGGGCACAGCCUGGACUCCGCUCCCGGAGAGCUGCCCGCCAUGCUGGACCUCCUGCAGUCCGUGUUCCCGCCGGGCAAGGGCCGCUGGCCGGAGGUCCGAGCUGCAGUCCUGCUCCCGGGGAAGGAGGAGAGCCGGAGGGAGGUGCAGAGAGCGGCCUGCGAGGCUCUGACAGCGGCAGAUCUACAGAGAAAUCAGAAGAAAGAGUCUUUUCUUCCGUGCUUCUUCUCAUGUAGACGCAGGAGGAGGAGGAGGAGGAGAGACCCCGUGCUGAAAGAUAAUCCAGAAGAAGGAACUGCACUAACUGUUCUAAACCAUUCCAAUGGAGACUAUGCCAAGAGUACCUCUGAUGCUUAAUUCCUGAAUGAAAGUCUCCAAUGUAACUUUUAUCGAAGGAGAUUGGACAUAAGAUAUUUUAAGCUUGGGGUUAUGACCUCUCAACUAUUAGACGGAUGAGCAGACAUUUAUGAAGCCUCAGAUUGUCGAUAAUCUGUUUCUGUAAACUAAUAUCCUUUAGAAAUAUCAGGCCAAAAAGUUGUUGGUUACAUCCUAUCUUUGACGUGAAGGAGAGAAACUGGAUUACAAGCCUGAAUCUGCUUGUAAAAGUGGACCUUGUGACUUAAACCUCUCAGAAUGAGAUUAACUCUUGCAUUUCGUGCCUUACUAUAUAGUUUAUAAAACUAGACUGAAAUGUUUUAUUGUAUUAUAGCUGCUAAAAGUAGACAAUGCACAGGUUGUGUUCGCUGAUUAUCUGUUAAUUGUAAUGCAGUUUUCUAACGUGUCAUAGGUGUGAUCUGGUGUCUUCAAGACAUAUGUUCAAGAUAAUUUAAGACAAUAAUACUAUUUAUAUUAACCAAGAUAA